GAGGGGGGGCAGUUCAGCCAUGACACAAACACUCUGCUGCUGCUGCUGCUGCUUCGUCCUAUGACUCCAACACUGACACAUUUAUCAGAAGGAUGGAUGACGUGGAAGAAGAUGAGCUCCUGGACUACAACAUUCAGAUCAGCAUUCACGAGUCGUGUCAGAGGAACAAUCUAAUAAAAUCAGGAAGGAGUGAGUUUCUGAAGCUUGUUGGGGCCAUCAAACAAGGUGACAUAUUGGCUCUGCAGGAUCUCUGUGACUUCCCAGCAGCCUUCAACCAUGUGGAUGAACGCGGCUGGUAUCCUCUACACUGGGCUGUGGUCCAACCUCUGGUUCAGGUCCUGGAGAUGGUGCUGUAUGCAUCUCGUAGUCUGACUCUGGAGGAAAAGACCUCAGAGGGAGACAGCUUCCUGACUCUAGCUGUAAAAGAUGGUUUGGUUGAAAACGUCAAGACGUUACUGAACCACGGAGCUUCUCCUCACACCACCAACAACAUGAACGAAUCCCCUCUGAUUUUAGCUGUCAGAGCUGGAUCUCCCCAGAUGGUUUCCUGUCUGAUAGCUGGAGGAGCUCGGGUUGAGCAGGUGUGUCUGAAGAAGUGGACGGCCAUGCACGAGGCCUCAAGAGCCGGCUGUGUUCACGCGGUGGAGCUCCUGUUGCAGAACGGGGGUCAGGUGUCAGAGACGGACCAGCAUGGAGUGACUCCUCUGGGGAUCGCUGCAGAGUACAGCCACCCUGAAGUCCUGGAGUUCCUCAUCAAACAUGGUGCUGAUGUAAACGCCCAGGCACCAAAUGGCGACAGCGUCCUGUAUGACGCUGCAGGAUCAGGGAAUCCAGACUGCAUGGAGAUCCUGCUGCAGCAUGGAGCAAAUCCCAACAUCCGCAACCUAAGUUCGCAACUGCCCAUUCACCGCGCCGCAUAUGAAGGACACUACCUAGCUUUGAGGAUGUUGAUGCCGAUCACCACUAGGCGAGCUCUGAGGCUGUCCGGACACAGCCCGGUCCACUCUGCCGCUGAUGGAGGCCACGCCCACUGCCUGGAGCUCCUGUUGCAGAACGGUUUCGACAUCAAUGCGCUGUUAGCUCCUCACCUCUCCGAAAAUUACGGCGACAUGAGGAAAAGCCCGCUCUACUUUGCUGUCUCCAAUGGGGAUGUGACCUGCACUGAGAUUCUACUGAGGUCAGGGGCCAAACCCGACCUGGACCCGCUGCGCUGCCUCCUGGUGGCGAUCAGGUCGGGGCGAUAUGAGAUCGUGAAGCUGCUGCUGGCGGCCAAGGCAGACGUGAACUGUUACUUCACCAUGCUGAACGACACAACGUUUCCUACAGCGCUGCAGUACUGCCUGAAGAACGAGGUGAUGGUGAGGCUGCUGCUCAACAACGGCUAUGACGCCGAAAAGUGUUUCCACUGUAACCAUGACAACGACGACUGGGAGGACCUAGAAUCUGGUUUCUCACAAGAUCAGGAGGAAAAAGUUUCGUUUUGUGACUUUGUCAGCGUCUCCUGCCUGGUGAAUCUGGUUGGUCGAGUCGUCUCGCUCCUCCUCGAGUACGUCGGUCAGGUUUCCCUCUGCAGAAAACUCACAAAGAUCCUGGAGCAUCAGGAGGAGUGGCCUCACAUUCACUGGACCACACGUAACCCUCGCUCUCUGUCUCACCUGAGCCGAGUGGUGAUCAGAAAACACCUGAGCUGCAGCAAUCUCAUGUCGGUCCACCUGCCCAACAGGCUGAAGGACUACCUGCUGUUCAGAGACAACGACCUGUACGCCCAAAUCCUCUGCAGAGAGGACUGACCUCAGCCCGACCCCUGACACAUCUACUGGGUCUUAAGUGUCAGCGAUGACUUUGUAUUUUUUUUUUUUCUUUUUACUUCUGUGAAUACAGAACUGGUCCUGUAUUUACAAGAGACCUGAAAAACAACAUCAAAAUAUGAAUUAAAAAGUGUGAGGGAUGAAACAUUCAUCAAGAUACUUGCAGUGGAAUUCCAGAAACAAAUGGCACAUCAUAAAUUCCUACUACAUCGUUAAGGGGCAGCUUUUGGUUCAGCGUGUUUAAACUGCAAACUCAACAAAAUCGACUUAUAGUCAUUUUGUCAAACUUGAACUGCAUGUGAAUUUAUUUUGAAGUUAUAAGGUAGCUGGUUUACUGUAGAGAGUCUCUGAAAUAGUGUGUCAUGGUCAACAAAUGUUCAAACCCCCAAACUGGGACCCGAAAGUGUACAGCGUGUCCAUGCAAGCACACAUGUUCUGUAUGAGCCUAGAUGCACAUAUCAUAAGUGAUUUUAAUAGGGUGGGAUAUCCUGUGUGACUGUUUUAUGAAGGAGCCAUUAAGAAUAUUACUGUCCUAGCUGUUGCACAAAUGAAGCAUAAAUCAUUUGU